AACCCUUUUGUACCUCUUCUUCCCAUCUCUUCAAUUUCCAUUUUGUUUCUUCUUCCUCAAAUUCCCAAUUGAAUUGCAGAAACUCCAUAUGGGUCUUUCAUUAACAACCCCUCUCUUCCUACUCGUACUCUCCAUCUGUUCUUCAACUUCUUCCUAUGCAGACCUCACAACCUUCGUUUACAAAGGCUGUGCUAACCAAAAAUUUCAAGACCCAUCUGGUAUCUCAUCGCAAAACCUCAAAUCACUCUACGCUAAUCUCAUAUCCCAAUCAUCCACUACCAAUUUCUACAACACCACCACCGGAAAUGCCCAAUUAACAACCUCCAUCACUGGAGUUUAUCAGUGCCGAGGAGAUUUAUCCAACUCUGAUUGCAACACAUGCGUCAAAAAAAUCCCUGAAACAAUUGAGAAAGUAUGUGGUGGAGAUACAAUCGCCGCCAGAGUUCAGCUAGAUGGAUGUUAUAUGAGGUAUGAAGUUGUUGGGUUCCCGCCGGCGUCAGCAACGGAGCUGCUGUAUAAACAGUGCGCGUCGAAUCGGGCGAGUGGGUCUGGAUUUGAUGAGAGGUUGGAAUCGGCGUUGGAGCAGAUUGAAAAGGGGAUUGGGAACGGGAAAGGGUAUUACGCUGCAGAGUAUCAAUCGGUUGCUGUUUUGGGACAGUGUGAAGGCGAUUUGGGGAACGCGGAUUGUGUGAACUGUGUGAAAACUGCGGCGGAAAAUGGAAGAAGUGCGUGCGGGAGUUCACUUUCCGGUCGCAUUUAUCUCCAGCAGUGUUACAUCGGGUACACAUAUUACCCAAACGGAGUACCCGGAUCAGGGACAGGUAGUGGUGGUGGAAUAGAUACAGGGGUGAUGGAGACAGGUGGCGGAGGUGGGCGGCACAAUACCCAGAAGACGGUGGCGAUUGUUAUCGGGGGGUUAGCGGGAUUGUUUCUGGGGAUUGCUUUCUUGCUGGUUUUGAAAUCGGCUUUCAAGAAGAAAAAGGACAAGUACUCUCAUGGCCAUGGAGGUUACUGAAAAAGGAGAAGAUAAUGGUGAAUUAUUUUUGGAGCUUUCUAAGUGGAUGAUGUAAAGACAAUGACAAAGGACACUUGCUUUUUUCUGUUUGUUUUUAUAUCUUUUACAGUUUUAUAUUUUUCGUGUAACUUUUUUGUUCAAAUUUAUCCCUUUUCUUGGAUAAAAGAUUAUUUGUGUACCCCCAUCUUUUAUCCAAAUUAUUUAACAUGGUACAAAAACUAUAUUACUAUUACUAUAGUAGUAAGCAGUAACUUAACGACUUGUAUGUUUUAUUAUUUCUUAAAAGAUACAAAUAUAUAUAUAUAUAUAUAUAUAUAUAUAUAUAUAUAUAUAUAUAUAUAUAUAUAUAUAUAUAUAUUAUUGUAUCUGAACACU